UGGUUGUGGGCGUCUCCACCGUCUUGGUUGAGGGCGUCUCCGCCAUCUUGCUUCCGGGCAACGUCGCCAUCUUGGUUGCAGGCGGCGGGGCGGGGCCGUGAGGCGUUGCGGGGCCGGGCCGGCGGACAGUCUGUGCUUCUUCUCUCCGCGCCGUUCUGGCCGUUGCUCGGGUGCCCUGUGGCUGUGGUGGGGCCCUUUAGGAAGGGCAGGGGUUGGGGAUGCAGCCGGGGUCGCUGGGCUGAGCCCGCAGGUAGGAGCGGAGAUGGAGGCCCCGGAGCUGUUUGCCACAGCCGUGCCCGAGGAGCAGCUGGAGGGCGGCUGGGACCGGGCGCUGCGGAGGCUGUUCGGGCCCAGCCAGUGCCUGCGCAGCGUGGAGCGCCCCAGAGGCGUGGGAUCCCUUCCCGCCAUUGUGCAGGGCAGGAUGCAGGAGCACUGGCAGAAAGGACGGGGCUUCUCCUCUUGUGGCCAGUGGGAAGAAGCCAUCAUCUGCUACACAAAAGCCAUCAACCUGGAUCCACAGCGGGCAGAGCUGUAUGAGCAGCGGGCAGAGGCUUUCCUCCAGCUUUGUGACUUCCAGUCAGCCAAGUUGAACUUAAUGAAGGUGCUUGCAUUGGCACCUGCACAAGAACAGCACUGCCUGGCUCGUCUGGCUCUUGUCCUUGACCUGCAGGGCCAGAGUCUGCUGGACCAGGAGCUCUACAGUGAGGCCCUGAAGGCCUUCAUACAGGCAGCUGAGCUGCAGCCUCACUGCAGGGUGUUCUACCAGAGGAGCAUCGUGUGCCUUGCUGCCCUUGGCGAGUUCCCAGAGUUCCUCCGGAUGCUUAACAGAGAACUGGAGGAGGAUGUGAGGAACCCUGAUAUGUAUGUGCUCCGUGCCUUCUUCUACAAGCGGUUUGGGCAGCUGGCCCUGUGCCACCAGGACAUCCAACGGGCCCUGAAGCUGGAACCGCAGCACAGAGCUGCCCAGGCUUUGUGGCAGAGGCUGCUGAGACAAGGCCAGGAGGCCAAAGCCCAGGCAGUGUUGAAGGCCCUGUGUGGAGACCUGCGUGGGGCCCUGUAUGAGAUCAGCUUUGCUAUUGAGAGUGACCCGUUGGCUGCUGAAUUCUUCACCCUCAGGGGGACUCUCCUCCGACAGCUCAAGAACUUCAGUGCAGCCAUCAAGGACUUGGUCAGGGCGAGGGAGCUGAGCACAGUGGGGAGCCCAGAGGCCCGGGAGGCUCAGCGGCAGCUGGUGCUCACCUACAAUGAUUGUGCUGUGCACUGCUAUGCCCUGGGCCAACUUGAUGAGGCUGUAAAGCUCCUUGGUGAAGCAUUGCAAAAUGAAAGGACAGAGCAGGGACUCUACACCAACAGAGGAGACUGCUUCUUUCGCCUGGGGGAGCUGACCUACGCCAUGGCGGAUUACCAGCAGGCGCUGGAGCUGAGUCCAGGGAACCGUGCUGUGCAGGGCCGUGUUGCGGCUGUGUUGCAUGAGAAGGGCUGGCAGGAUGUGGCAGCCAGGCGGUUCCUGCAGGCAGAAGCUUGCUUUUCUAUGGCCAUUGAACACGACCCCCAAGAAGCACUGCACUACCUGUGCCGUGCCGUGGCCAAGCGGUGCCUAGGGAAGGUGGAGAGCUCAAAGGAGGAUGUUGCACUCAGUCUGUGGCUCAGCGCCACGGAUAGCAAGAUCCUUUGCCUUGCACGCCGCCUCUUUCCAAGAAGGACUGUCCAGGCUAUCCUGAGGAGCCUUGGCCAACAGACCUCGGAUAAAACACUUCAGAGUCCUCCAAGACUUCCAUCUGAUGAUGCCUGAUGGACAGAAGCAGUAGGUCCCCACGUAAGUGGCACUCCUGUGGAGCUGAGCAGAGCUGGUUCUUCCAGUGCCUGCAAGGUCUGACCAGCAGAAGGACGUCAAAGAAGCUCAAGAGCUCAUAGCACCAAUUCCUCAGCCUGCUGUAGAAAUUACCACUGAAUAAAGUAUUGUUAAAAACCA